GGGAAAUGAGCCGUUGUUUGUGCAACCCCGUGUGUGUCACCAAACCAAACAGCCCUUGACCCCGGGGCCGCAAGGCCAGACCCCCCCCACCGCCCUGGGGGGCACCGGCCCUGCCCCCUAGGGAGCGCUGCCAGCCUGAGCCCAGCCCUAUCGCCUGGGGAGGGCGGGGCCCAUGGGGGAGGCUCUCCAUAGCAGAGCGGCCGGGGCCGGGAGCAGGUGCGCGAGUCCCCCCAGGACCCACCAUGGCCCCCUCCCUCUAUGCCCUCCUGCUGCUCGCCCUCCACCCAGGUGCCUGGGCGCAGCCCCCCCAGGAGACGGCGCCCUCCUGUGGCCAGGACGUGGGCAUCCGCAAUGGCACGUUCGCCCUGUCGGACGGGUACCGCCCGGGCAGCGUCCUCACCUACUCCUGCCCCCCGGGCUUCUACCCCUACCCGCAGGGCAGCCGCGUCUGCGGGGACAACGGGCACUGGACCCCGCUGCACACCCCCUCCGGCUCCGUCCGCACCCAGCCGCUCUGCCGAGAGAUCCGCUGCCCGGCGCAACUGGCAUUUGAGAACGGCUCGUUCCAGCCGCGCCGGGCGUCCUACCCCGUGGGCAGCGUCCUGACCUUCGAGUGUCUGGACGGGUACACGCUGCGGGGGCCGGCCCAGCGCGUCUGCCAGGGGAACGGGCACUGGGACGGGGGCACCCCCGCCUGCGACGAUGGAGCUGAGCACUGCCCCAACCCCGGGGUGCCGCCCGGGACGACGAAGAGCGGCAGCCGGUACCGGCUGGGCGAGCGGGUCUCCUACCGCUGCCAGACGGGGCUGUCUCUGGUGGGCUCCGCGCAGCGCAUCUGCACCGAGGCCGGGGAGUGGUCGGGGGCCGAGCCCAGCUGCAGAGCCCCUUUCUCCUACGACCGGGUGGAGGACGUCGGGGCCCAGUUCGGAGCCUCUUUCUCCAACGUCUUGGGCCUGGCCAGCUCCUCAGCCUCCUCCAGCCUCAACGCCUCCAUCAUAAAGUCACCAACGUUCCUGGGCCGCAGGGUCAGUCUUAGUGAAAACAGCUUCGUUAACGUCUACCUGCUGGUGGACUCCUCCAGGAGCGUCAACAACGAAAGCUUCCAGAUCUUCAAGGAGUGGGUGGAGAACAUUGUGGACCGGAUUGCCAGCUUUGAAGUAGCGUCCAGCUUUGCUGUGAUUUCCUACGCCACCAAGCCCAAGAAAAUUGUUUCCAUUUAUGAUCCUGAAGCUUCUGAGGCGGAUGACGUUAUUGAAAAGACAAAGAUGGGGAUGAAUUUUCAAGACCACGGCAACGGGACUGGGACCAACAUCCGAGCAGCGCUGCUGGAGGUGUAUAACAUGAUCCUGUUCCAGAAGGAGUCCUUCAAACGGGAGGGCAAGCCGGAUGCAUGGAAGGAAAUCCGGCACGCCAUCAUUGUGCUGACAGAUGGCAAAUACAACAUGGGAGGAUCCCCCAAGGAUGCGGUAGCCAAGAUAGAAGAUGUCCUAGAGAUCAAGCCAGACAGGAAAGACUACCUAGAUAUCUAUGCCUUUGGGAUUGGGACACAGGAGGUGCACUGGGAGGGCCUUAAUGAGAUCGCUUCCAAGAAGGAAGGGGAGAGACAUGCCUUCAAGAUGGACUCCAGCCAGAAUCUCAAGGCUGCGUUCGAGGAUGUCCUGGACCCCACAAAUAUCCAAAAUCUCUGCGGGCUGGGGAACGAUUCAUCGAGAGCCACACACCAGCAGCAGAACCCCUGGCACGUGCUCAUCAAGGGGACGACAGGCGUAUCGUGCCGGGGGUCCCUGGUGUCUGACUCGUGGGUCCUGACGGCCGCACACUGCUUCAACCAGGUGACAGACACGUCCCUCUGGGAAGUGCAAGUGGGUAAGGGACCCCAGACAGCACUCGGCCCUCGGAACCCAGGAGGCCGGGCUCCCAGCCCACCCAUUCCAACCCACCAGCCCCCACUCCGCUCCCAGAGCCGGGAGAGAACCCAGGAGUCCUGGCUCCCAGCCCCCCCUGCUCUAACCACUAGCCUCUUUCCUGGCAUGCGCCCGCUGGCAGAGUCACCUCCAGCGCGGGUCUCCCUGGGCCCUUCUCCCCCGUCCGACCUUUCCUCAGCUCCAACCUGGCCGGAGGGCAUCCCCAUCCGGCGCAGGAUCGACCACCCGCGGUACAACGUCACGGCCAAGGCCAGCCAGGGCAUCCCCGAAUACUACGACUACGACGUGUCGCUCGUCCAGCUGCAGCAGCCCGUGCAGUUCUCCGGGCGGGUCAGACCCAUCUGCCUGCCCUGCACGGUGCGAGCGAACCGAGCUCUGAAGAAGCCGCAGCGGGCGACGUGCAAGGAUCACGAGCUGGAGCUGCUGGGGCUGGAGCGGGUCCCCGCCCACUUCGUCUCCCUGGCCAACGAGAGGUUAAACGUGCAAAUCAAGACCAACAAGUCGCGCCCUUCGUGCAUCGCUGGCGCCGUCCAGCCCGGCAUGAUCUACGCCAACGUGUCGGACGUGGCGCAGGUGGUGACCGACCGGGUCCUCUGCUCCGGGCAGGAGGCCAGCGGCGGCUCGGAGGAGAAAUCUACCUGCAAAGGUGAAUCUGGGGGGGGGUUGUUCCUGGAGAAGAGGAGGAGAUAUUUCCAGGUGGGCGUGGUGAGCUGGGGCACCUACAACCCCUGCCCCCACAAGGCAAAGCAGAACAAGGAGGUGGAUCGGAAACCAGCCCCCCGCGGCCACGUCCCCCGUGACUUCUACAUCAGCCUCUUCCGGGUGCAGGACUGGCUGCGCCAGCACCUGGGGGGCCCGGGCGGAGAGACCUUUAUCCCCGCUGCGAGCUUCCCCAGGGCAGUGCCCCUGGCCGGGCGCCCCCCCCGGCGCUGCGAGCUUCCCCAGGGCAGUGCCCCCGGCCGGGCCCAGCACCGGGGUCUGGGCUCCCCACCCCCCAAGAUGGACCCGGCUGAGGGGUCCUGUUGUCUGUACCUGAAAGCUCUGCUGGGGGCUGCGUCCUGUCGGCUAAUAAACCUUCUGUGUCCCUGGCUGCCUGAGAGUCGCGGCGCGGCCGCCAGCGAGGCCCCGAGCUGCGACCCGCAGGCGGCGCCGAUCGCGGGGGGCUCGGCGCGGCCGCAGCGCCAGGGGCAGCUGCUGGUGUAUCAGUGCCCCGAGGGGCAGGUCCCGUUCCCGGCCCCGGUCCGCGAGUGCCGCUCCGACCUGCGCUGGAGCCCGCUGCGCGCCCCCGGCGGCCGCCCCCUCGCCAGGGCCGAGUGCAGAGCGAUCCAGUGCCCGGGCCCGCUGGAGUUCGACAACGGGCACUUCCACCCCCGCCAGCCGCGCUACAACAUCAGCCAGACGCUGACCUUCGAGUGCUUCGAGGGGUACACGCUGCGGGGCCCCCCCACCCGCACCUGCCUGCCCAACGGGAAGUGGAGCAGGGGGACGGCCAUCUGCGACGACGGAGAGGGCCAGUGCCCGGACCCCGGCGUGCCCAUCGGGGCGACGAAGGACGGGCAGCACUACCGGGUGGAGGAUCGGGUCCGGUACCGCUGCGGCCGGGGGCUCGUCAUGUUCGGCUCCAAAGAACGGACCUGCCAGGAGUCCGGCGCCUGGAGCGGGACGGAGCCGGAGUGUCGAGACCCGUCCACCUACGACACCCCGAGGAAGUGUCUUCCGUUCAUCGCCUCCCUCUCGGAGACCGUGGAGGUGGCUGAUCCGAACCGGACCACCUCGGAGAACGUGAAGCGGAAGAUCCGGAUCGAGGCCGGCGGCUCCAUGAACAUUUAUCUGGUGAUCGACGCCUCGGACAGCGUGGGGGAGGGGAACUUCUCCCGCGCCCGCGACGUCCUGGUCCAGCUCAUCGAGAAGAUCUCCAGCUACGGGCCAGCUGGGGGCCUGAAAUACGAGAGCCACGCCCUGCGCAGCGGCACCAACACCAGGGCGGCGCUGGAGGCCGUGCACAACAUGAUCAUCCAGCAGGAGCAGGACGAGAUCCGCAAGGGCCACAAGGUGGCGCCAGUCGCCAACUCCACCCGCCACGUGCUGGUCCUCAUGACGGACGGGAACACCAACAUGGGGGGCUCCCCAGUGCCAGUGGUGAAGCAGAUCCGGGAGCUGCUGAGCAUCGGCCGGGACAUCCGCAACCCCCGCGAGGAUUACCUGGAUAUCUACGUGUUCGGCAUCGGGGCCAUGGUGAACCACGAGAACAUCGCCGAGUUGGCCUCCAAGAAGAGCGGCGAGAAACACGUCUUCCACAUGCAGGACAUCAGGGACCUGCAGAAAGCCUUCCACGACAUGAUCGACGAGAGCGAGACGCUGAGCAUGUGCGGCCUGGGCUGGGCGCACGAGGAGGCCAACGACCACCAGAGAAACCCCUGGCACGUCAGCAUCAAAAUCGCCCGCCCCGGGAAGGGGCUGGAGUCCUGCAAGGGGGCCCUGAUCUCCAACUACUUCGUGCUCACGGCCGCCCACUGCUUCGACAUCGACGACCAGGCCCACUGGAUCACCGUGGACGUGGGGGCGUCGAGCUCGGCAAACCGGGUGGAGAAGCUCUGGAGUCACCCCCAGUACAACGUGGGGAAGCUGCGGGGGGCCGGGAUCCCCGAGUUCUACGACUACGACGUGGCGCUGCUGAAACUCACCGCCAAGGUCGAGUUCUCCUUCAACGCCCGGCCCAUCUGCCUGCCCUGCACCGAGGGCACCACCCGCGCCCUGCGCAAGGCCCACCCGGAGACCACCUGCGACGACCACAAGCGGCUGCUGCUGACGGUGGGCGAGGUCCCGGCGCUCUUCGUGCACGAGGAGAAGAAGAAGCUGGAGCGGAAACUCGUGAACAUUAAGAACGGGGUCAAGAAAUCGGCCUGCGAGGCCGACGCCAAGAAGGCCCCGAUUUACGCCAACGUGACGGACGUGAAGCAGGUGGUGACGCCCCGAUUCCUCUGCACGGGGGGGAUCGAUCCCGUCGUGGACCCCAACACCUGCAAGGGCGACUCCGGGGGCCCCCUCAUCAUCGCCAAGGGCAAACGCUACAUCCAGGUGGGCGUGAUCAGCUGGGGCGUGUUCGACCUCUGCAAGCCCCGCAAGCGCAACGAGCCGGCCCCGAACCCGGCCCACGCCCGCGACUUCCACCUCAACCUCUUCACGGUGCUGCCCUGGCUGCGGGAGAAGCUGGCCGACGAGGAGCUGGGCUUCAUCUGAGGGGGGGCCAACCUGCCCCAGCCCCCCCGCACGGCACCCCCGCCCUGGAAAUAAA